CUGGCCAAUAGCAGCAUCCGUUUCAGAAACGUAGAUGGAGGCGCGGCUGCUGGAGCUUUAGUGGGGCAAGUGGUUUGGCGCAGAAGAUUGGUAGAACAUAGAGAAGCAGCUUCUACAUUUCUUGGCUCUGAAGUAAAUCUUUUUGCUGAUUACUGAGCCUCAAAAGAAAAGAAAAUGGAGGAGUUGCAAGAUGUUCAGCUCACAGAAAUAAAGCCGCUCCUUACAGAUAAGGGUCCCGGCCAGCACUUUGAGGACUUUGAUGGUCAGGAACAUGAUAUUGAAACAGCGCUUGGUGUUGUGCAUGUUACUAUGAGUGGAAACACAAGGGGGAAUAGGCCUGUGCUCCUCACAUAUCAUGACAUUGGCCUGAACCACAAAUCCUGCUUUAACUCUUUUUUUAACUUUGAUGAUAUGCAUGAAAUAACCCAACAUUUUGCGGUUUGCCAUAUCGAUGCACCUGGGCAGCAGCAAGGAGCCCCCUCAUUUCCAACUGGGUACCAGUACCCUACAAUGGAUGAACUGGCUGAAAUGUUAUCUGCAGUAUUAACCCAUUUAAACCUCAGAAGCAUUAUUGGUAUUGGAGUCGGAGCCGGUGCCUAUGUAUUAUCAAGAUUUGCACUAAAUAAUCCUUUAUUGGUAGAGGGGCUUGUACUUCUAAAUAUCGAUCCCUGUGCUAAGGGCUGGAUCGACUGGGCUGCUUCCAAGCUCUCAUUUUGGACAACUAAUGUUGUAGAGGUUGUGCUGGGUCACCUGUUCGGCUAUGAGGAACUUCAGUCCAGUCUGGAUCUGGUACAAACAUUCAGGCUGCAUAUUGCCCAGGACAUCAACCAAGACAACCUAGAACUUUUUGUUAACUCCUACAACAGCCGCAAAGACCUGGAAAUUGAAAGACCUGUUUUUGGUUCCAGUACUCCCACCAAUACCACCAUCAAGUGCCCUGUGUUGUUGGUGGUUGGUGACAAUUCUCCUGCAGUAGAUGCAGUGGUUGAAUGUAACUCCAGACUUGACCCAACAAGGACGACUCUACUUAAGAUGGCAGAUUGUGGGGGUUUGCCACAAGUAGUUCAGCCUGGGAAGCUGGCCGAAGCCAUCAAAUACUUUGUUCAGGGAAUGGGAUACAUCCCACAUGUUCAGCUUAGUCAUCUGAGCACGGAAUCAGUGCCAUCAGCCAGCAUGACCAGAUUAGUCCGUUCCCGCACUCAUUCUGCUUCAAGCAGCGGAUCCAUGGAAAUCCCCCGCAGCCGAUCUCACACCAGCAAUGCCCAACUGAAGUCCUCCUCUAACAACUCCCUGUCAAACCAGAUCCAAGAAACUCCGCAGACAAUUGAAUUAUCCUGCUAAAUUAUUUUUUUCUCCCCCUAAAUAUCUAGCAUUUCCCAUACUUUGGAGCCAUCCAGAUACUAAACAUCCCUCAACUCUGGAAAUGGCCUUUCCAUUCCUCCCUGUUAACCUGUGUGUUUACAUGACUAAGUUGUAUACUUCUGUCAAAAUAUAAAAAAGAGAUUGGUACGCAAGUGUAGCUACCAUUAUUAAUCAAAAAGCAAAAUAUCCAAAGCAAUUCAUGAAAAGAGAAAAUACUCACAGUUCACCCCAGUCCACUGGGGUGCAAAAGUUGUCUCCAAAAAGUAAAGACUGAGAUUAAAAGUAAAAAUUCUAAUAAUUUAUUAGGACAUACCAAUAACUGACUGACGCGUUUCGUGCCUACUGGGGCACUUACUCAUAGGAUGAGCCUAUGAGUAAGUUCCCCGGUAGGCACGAAACGCAUUAGGCGGUUAUCUGAAUGUCCUAAUAGAUUAUUUGAAUUUUUACUUAUAAUCUCGGUCUUUACUUUUUGGAGAAAACUCACAACUUUUGCUGUUUUGGACAAGUUGUAUACUUCCCCUUAUUAGUCUGGAAAGUUUGUUUUCAUUACUAUUUUGCCCUUUCCAGUUUGAAUUUGGUGCUGAGAAUUUCAGAUGGGGGGUCAGCUGAUUUAUGCGGCAGGAUAAAAAUGAAUCUUUUCCCCAUUACCUCACAUCUUUGUAUGAUAAAGCACUUUUUUGUUGUCUUUUUAUUUAAAGGGGCUCUUUCCUUAGUGAAACAUCCAAUCACAUCAGCUUAUGGUUACCCCAGGGCUGCAUUUAGACUACGCAGAAUUCAGCAGACACCGCUAGAAGGAUUGUACAUUAGUGGUGAAUAGUUUCUGGUCUGUUCAGAGGGAAUCCUACAGCCCCGAUUUGUUUAUACUGUCAUUCUUUUUGUGUAUUAUGUUAAGUAUAGUCUAAUGGUUGUUGGGUUAUUUCAUGUUCUUUUGCACUUGCUUGGGUUUGAUUCUUGUGUUUUAAAUUCCCUUGUACAUUCAAACCUUUCUUCCAAAUGACACUAAGAUCAAUAUAUUUUUCUUGUUUAGAGAUAGUUAUCAACAUCCAGUAGAAUUAAGAGGUUUGCUAAUUGCAUUGUGUUUGUUAGAAGGAUUUUGCUGGAGGAGCUUUACACAGCGCUUACCCAACAGAGCAUUUCUGGCGAUGAUGACGAUGAUCCAGGGCCCUUUUAUAGUUGCCAGGCAGCAAAAUAAUAUGUAGUGGGUUUGUUAAAUAUAUUGUACCAAAAAUAUUUAGCUUAUUUGCCUGUUUGUAGUGUGCUCUUGUUCAUAGCUAAUGUAUUUCCAUUUCAGAAUCCUUUAAUUCUUGGCAUGUCAAGACCUGACCAUGAGACUCUGUUUUUGGGAAUAUAAAGCUAUUCCCACACCAUAAUUUUGUGUUUGGGACCACAGCCUACAUCAGACAGUGGAACAAAAAGGGACGGAUUUCAUGUAGUUUAGUGGGUUUUGUUUUUGUAACCUUGUAUGGUAUAUCCUACAUUAUAACCUUUGGUUUCCUACUAUUAGCAACGUUAGGUAAUCCACUUCCUUUCGGAGUACACUUUCUAAUUGCUAAUAAAUCUGUGAAAUGUU